CGAGCUUUGUUUUCGAAUGUUUUAUCCCUUUUUAUCGCAUUUUAUGAACUAAUAAUGUAGAAAAAGACAGAAACGGGCAACUAAUGAAUGUUGUACAAGCUGACGGAAAAGAAGGAUCGCGAAUAAAAACCACAUCGCUUUUGUUCAAAAGUGUAAACAUUGUUGUGUGUUGGUUUUCCAUACAUUGAUGUGAUAUAUUAGUUUUAUUCAGCUAAUCCUACGAUGGACCUCCUGAGUCUACCAGUUGUUGUGGUGGAAAAAAUAUUUUCAUAUCUGACUUACGAUGAAAUUGCAAAGAAUAGAUUGGUGUCAAAAGCAUUCAAUGACAUAUGCACCCGUCUGUUGAACCGUGGCUUCCUCAUGAUCGAGCGGAGGCAUGCGCUCGCCCUUAAGAACGUCAAAGCGCAACUGCCUAGGAGGGAGUCGGAACGCAGAUACCACCCACUGUCGCGCCACUGCGACAUCCUCACGUCGAUAGAGACGAGAAUAUCAAUGCUCAACAUGACAUACUCCAAGUUUAUAGACAGUGGCAUGUGCUGCUUCAUACCGGGGCGGGUGAUCGACGAGAUGCGGCGCGUGCUGGCGCUGGUGGAGACGCAGCAGACGCCGCCGCGCGCGCACGAGGCGCUGCAGGAGCUGCGCGACAUCUCCAGCAUGGCCAUCGAGCACUUCGACGACCAGGUGUCGCCCGCGCUGCGGCAGCGGCUGCAGGCGCGCCAGCCGCCGCCCCGCCCGCCGCCAGGCGUGCUGGCGCCGCUGGCCGUCAGGCAGGAGAUGCUGCAGCUGCGACGCCAGUCCGUGCUCAACGCGAAGCUGUCGCUCUACCUCGCCGGACAGUACAGCAAGUUCUACAAACGGACGUUAGACUACAAGAAACUGGCUUGGAGGCAAAGCAAAACCAUUAGGAGGCUGUUGAACAAGCAGCGAGAACAGGACGCGGCUAUAGCGGACCUGAAGCGCCGCAUCGAAGAGUGUGACAUAAAGUACAGCGAGCUCACGCACACCAACCAGGCGGCGGGAGGGAAGGCCUUGCCCCCGGGUGUGGGUGCAAGUGAUGCGGUUGGUGUCCCGGGCAGUGGAGGGGGAGUGGGGGCCGGUCUGCGUCACUUCGGCAGCCAGAUCAAGCUCGACCUGUCCGUGCUGCCCAUCGGCACCGGCAAGCGGUCGCAGGGGAAGCUGUUACCAAACAUCAAACCGCGUAAGCCCCUAAUCAAGCUGCCGAGCCUGUCAGACGAGCCCCCCGCUAAACAGAUGAAGAUGGACGAUGCCCCAUCCACAUCACAGAGCCCCCGCAGCAAAUCCCUGUCGACCAUCGCCAAGAUACGGGGCAUCACCAACGAGAUCCGCCACCUCACGAACUUGACCAAUUUCGAGGGUAAACUAAAACGCACCUUAAGUCUAACGUCGUUGGAUCUAAUUGAAAGUGAAUGCAAAAAACAGAAGUUAGAUUAAGUUUUUUCAAGUAAUACCUAGACAUUAAUGAUAUAUAACGUUUUGUCCAUAUUGUUAUUUUGAAUCGUAUUAUUAGAGCUUCAUUUGGGGUAUAAGAGAAAUAAAGCCAAGCGCUUUAUAUAUUGUGUAUGACUAUAAAGAGAUAUCGUUUAAACAUUGCUGGGUUUUUUAAUUCCUUUUUAACUAUGCUUUUGUAAUCUGUUGUUUACAUACCUUUAUAUUUAUGGUGGUAAAAUAACGUAAGGAAUUUAAGUGAAUGGCAUACUGUAAGUUAUAGUGUGGUGAUGGUAAAAAUUAAAUGAAGUCAUGGGAAAAAUACUAUAUUCUAACAUACUGGUUACUUUUUCACCUUUAA